CCGUGAGAGCGGCGGCCAAUGGGCAGCGGACGCCGCAGCGCCGGGCUGGCGAUGGUGGAGGGCGGAGGGUGCGGCAAGGCGGGCAGCGCAGCAUGGCGGGGUUCCGGAUCCGGCCGUACCGCGACGAGGACUACGAGGCGGCGCGGGAGGUUUUCGCCACCGCCAUGAGCGAAUACGCGCCGGCGCUGUGCCUGCACGUCCUGCGGCAGCCCUGGGUGCUGCUGGUGCUGGGCUGCACCUUCUGCCUGCUGCUGGCCAGCGCCCGCUCCCUGCUGCUGCCCGUGCUGGCGCUGACGCUGCUGCUGGCGCUGGGCCGCCAGGCGCUGGGCCGCGCGUGGUGCGCCUACAUCGAGCGCUGCCUGGGCGGCGACCUGAGCGACAUCCGCGGCGCCUACAUGGACGGCCCCGGCGCCCGCUUCUGGGUGGCGGAGGCGGACGGGCGCGUGGUGGGCACGGUGGGCGUCCGGCCGGCGGGGGAGGCCGGGCUGCUGGCGCUGAAACGGAUGGCGGUGCGCAAGGAUCACCGCGGCCGGGGCAUCGCGGCGGCGCUGGGACGCGAGGCGCUGGGCUUCGCGCGGCAGCAGCGCGGCUGCAGGGCCGUGGUGCUCAACACCAUCAUGCUGCAGCACGAGGCGAGAGCCCUCUACGAGCGCCUGGGGUUCCGCCGGCAGAGCCGCUACGUCCUGCCCACCGCCUACGGCCGCCUGGCCAACUGCACCGUCACCACCUACCGCUACGAGCUGCCCUGAGCGGCUGCGGCGCGGAGCCCCGAGCCGUGCCGGUGCUGCGCCGUGCGGAGGAGGGAGCUCCGUGCCCAAAAUGCGCCGACGAUGCUUCGCGGGGACGGCCGUGCUGUGCGGCCGACGGUGCGCCGUGGGGACCCUCGUGCCGCGUGGCUGAGCCGUGCUGCUGACGCCCCUGGGGACGCGGGGUUCCCUGUGCCGUGAGGCUGAGCCGUGUGGACGGAGCCCCGCAGGGAUCCCCAUCCCGUUUGGCUGAGCCAUACGGGCUUCCCAUGGGAUCCUCGUGCCGUGUGGACGAUGUCCUGUGGGGACCCUCAUCGCACAUGGCUGAGCCGUGCUGCUGACGCCCUAUGGGGACGCGGGGAUCCCUGUGCCAUGAGGCGGAGCCGUGCUGGCAAUGCCUCACGUGGACACGGGGACCCUCGUGCUGCCAGGCUGAGGACGUGCCCCUCUCCCCAGCCCCGCUGCUCCUCAGCCCCGGGGGGGCUCAGCCUCCUUGGGGGGCCCCGACGCCCCCACGCCCCCCAGCUGAGCGGAGACCCACACACGGACCCCCGGCCGUGUCCCCUCGCCGUGCUGGGCUCGGAUUCGCGCCUACCCCCCUUAAAGCUGCAAUAAUUAAAGAGCAUCGGAGCGCUGC